AUGGGACAUGCCAUACUUACUUAUGGAAACUACGUAGCGGGCUCGCACAGCUUUGACAUCAUCACCAAAGGUCUCAUCGAAGAGAUGAUGGAGGAUUACCGGUAUAAUCUCAUCGGACAGGAGAUGGAGGUCUUCAACGGCCUGUUAGCGAACAACUCCAAGGAGCAAUGUUCGACGAAGAACUGCCCAGCGCAGGAUUCAACGGUGUGGCUGAUGACUUGGGUUUGA